UGAGGAACAUUAUGAUAAGGGGAGCGCCAAAACCAGAGAUGACUAGGAGGGCCACCGUCCUCAUCAAGGUCUGGCGACGAUUUAUCAAUUGCAUCAUCUAAAAAUUGUCACCGCUGAUUUCAUCCGUAGAAACAUAAAAGAUAACAGUUAUAGAGGGCCCGCCCUUUCCCACUCCAGCAUUGGAGGUCACCAGAUCUUGGGUUUCAUGUUGUUGAAAGGCGGACGAACCUUGAUUUUCAACAAUGGAAUUCAUCUAUCUAUAUAUAAUAACAAAAGGUUUCUUGGGGCACAAGUUCCCGCCAAAAACUUCAUGGACCAAAGGUUUGCGGCUGAAGUUUCUAGGCAGUUGUGUUAUUCUAUUUUUUGACGCAGCGACCUAAUUGAAAUUGUAGAUUUGUAGUGAAAUUGUGAGUAUUUCAUUUAUUGUGUGCGGCGGUGCACUCUUCGUAUUCCAAGGAUGCAUGGAGUAAAGUAUUGCAGUGGAAACUUCCAGACAGGUACAUCAACUUGGGCGGUUAAGGUCCGUGUUGUUCGUGUUUACAGAGUGCCUGCAAAUGAUAAGUAUAAGGAGUCUCUGGAAUGUAUCUUUCAUGAUGAGGAGGGCACAAGGGUGCAUGCUCAUAUUGAGAAGAGUUUGAUUUCAAAGUUUGAAUAUCUUUUUGCUGAAGGUCAUAUAUAUGCCAUUAAGAAUUUCUGGGUCCAGGAAAAUUACAUGGCAUUCAAGACUACUCCUAAUAACCCCUUGAAGUGAGAGUUUUUCUUCAAGACAGCAGCGUUUGAAAUUCCUAGGGAUGAAUUCCCGGCUAGGAUUUAUGACUUUUCGACCUUUGCUUUUCUCCAGGGGCAGGAAGUUCUCAAUGAAAAUAUAGCCUUUGAUGUGAUUGGUAGGGCUGGAGGUAAAGGUAUUGUUAAGUACAGAAGUGGUAGGAGGUUGAUGGAGAUUCCAUUGCAUGAUGAAAUAAACAAUUGUAUCACUGCUACUUUAUGGGGGGACUUAAUUGAUCGUUACACCCAGCAUGAGCACUUUAUGGGGGGACUUAAUUGAUCGUUACACCCAGCAUGAGCAACAAUUUGAUGAGAUUAUCUUAGUCCUUCAAAUGUGUCGUUGCAAAAAAUAUGAAGGUGUAGUCCUUCAUUUACAGGAACUGGAUGAGUUUGAAAAGCUUCGCAGGGAAUUCAAUGCAAAUGAAGCGAUUGGUUCCACUGAACAGGAAGUUAACAGCCCAGCUCCAAGUUCAAGCCAGAGGGAUGUCAAUGUUGUUGAAAGGGAAACAGUUAAGCGUUGUCUCAUGGGAGAGCUUUCUGUAUCAGGCCCAUCUAAGAAGCUGAAGUCUGUUAUUAAAACAGAAAAGAAAUGAGGAACAUUGAUAUUUGGCUGAAGGACACAUCGUUUUUUGUUAUUUUUGCAAGUUUGAUGUAUUACUAUGAAUGACUUCAACUGCUAUUGCCGAACUAAGGGUGUUGUUAUUUUGUUUUUUGCUGUUUUGUGCCUUGGC